AUCUCUGCUUUUAUCAUACUUUGAGUUUUUAAUUUCCAAAUAUGUAUGUAUAUCAUAAAGUAACACUUGCGGUAUCUGUCCACGUCAGUCUAUGACUUUUGUAACAUAACCUCGAAAUUCGUAAUCCGGUAUACAGUCUUGCCAAUGAACAAGAUAUUUGCGUUCAUGUCAAUUUUUGUAUACAUUGAAUAACAUAAGAACAUUGCAAUAUGAAUUGGACUUUGUGGCUUUUUAUAAUCGGAUCUUUAGCUUGUAAAUAUACACACGCUCAACAACAAAGAGUUCCACCAGGUGUAUCACCUCAACAUUAUCAACAACCUGUUCAACAAGUACAUCAAGUACCACAACAAAUUCCUCAACAACAAUUCCAGCAAGUACCUGUACAAGUUCCAGUUCAACAAGUACCUGUACAGCAACAUAUGCCAACUCAUCAAGUACCGGUUCAACAAGGACAUGGGCAUGGGCAUGGGCAUGAUCAUUCACAACAAAUACUUAAUGCUGCCAACAUAGUUAAUGAAAAAGCUCAUAUCGCAGAGCACAUGGAAGUUCCAAUAGAUACUAGUAAAAUGUCAGAGCAAGAAUUGCAAUUUCAUUAUUUCAAAAUGCAUGAUGCAGACAAUAAUAACAAGUUAGAUGGUUGUGAGCUUAUAAAGUCCUUAAUUCAUUGGCAUGAACAAGAGAAUAAAGAGGUAGCUGGAGUCAACACUGGACAGAAAUUAUUUAAGGAUGAGGAAUUGGUAACUUUAAUAGAUCCAAUACUUUCUUUAGAUGACAGUAAUAAUGACGGGUAUAUCGAUUACCCUGAAUUUAUACGAGCACAGCAAUAUGCAGCAGCUACUGGCAGACAGUAGUUGCAUACAAUACAAUGUUCAAUGUUAUUAA